GCGCGGCAUCUCUACUCGUUUUCCUCUUGAUUUAAACUCCCCUUUCAUCUCCUCAUUUUUUUCUCAUCUUCUCUGAUCUCUUCUAUCAAUUAUCUCUCGAUUCAAUAUUCAAUAUUCAAUAUUCAUCAACGUAGCCAUGGAAACCGACGGCGACGCCACCGCAGCGCAGCCCCAAUGCACCUCCGCCAAGAAAUCCAUGACCACCUCCACCUCCUUCCGGCUUCGGAGCCCUAGCCUGAACUCCGUCCGCCUCCGCCGCAUCUUCGACAUGUUCGAUCGCAACAACGACGGCAUGAUCACCGUGGAGGAGCUCAACAAGCCGCUCAACCUCCUCGGCCUCAACACCGAUCUCUCCGAGGUCGACUCCAUGAUCCGAUCCUUCAUCAAGGACGGAAACGACGGCCUCACGUUCGAGGACUUCGAGGCUCUCCACCGCUCCCUCGACAACGUCUUCUUCGGAUCCGACGGCGGAGAAGACGGCGAGGAGGCCAUCUCCAAGGCGCAGGAGGAGACGGAGAUGAAGGAGGCGUUCCGAGUGUUCGAUGAGGACGGCGACGGAUUCAUAUCCGCCAGGGAGCUGCAAACGGUGCUUUCCAAGCUCGGAUUGCUGGAAUCCGGCAAUGAGAUCGAUAGAGUGCAGCAGAUGAUUUCUUCCUACGAUCAGAAUAGCGAUGGCCUCGUCGAUUUCUCGGAGUUCAAGGAUAUGAUGCGCUGUGUCAUCCAAAAGAACUGAUCAUAUCGGAUCGGUUACACGGUACCAACUCAAUAACCAUACAAAUCCAACCAAAACGCCAUUAAUUAAACCUAGAAUUACAUACACUAUAUAUUACUCCGUAUAUUGUUUUUGAAUUAUUCAUUUUUUUUGUAAAAAUUUUGGAUUUAUUUGUUUGAAUUGUUUCUUUUUUUCUUUUCACUGUUUCGUAUAAUUUGGAUAGAUUAAGUGAAAAUACUUGAUGUAUCAUCGCUAUAAAUGCUUUAUACACCAAUUAGGAACCUGAGUUUAUCAUGGCAUUAUAUAAAUAAAUUUAAUAUUAGUUGAGUCA